GUUUAAAUGUCAGGAGGACACUUUCCAUUUUUAGUGCUGAACUGGGCGACGAUCAGUGCUUCUGCAGAAAGAGCGGCUCAAUGCAAAUACUGACAAGAUGGCAAACACGAUAAAGAGUGUGGACUUCCACUGCCGAUCUAAUAAUACUGCCCACUACACCAUUGAAAUUUCAACUAAGGAACUGAUUGUGAGACGAGGCCAGUCCUUCCUCCUGACCCUGAAUAUGACACAACCUUUCAAUGCCACUGACACACUUGUCCUCACUGUGGAAACAGGUUCUUUUCCGUCUGAGAAGCUUGGUACUUGGUCGGAGUUUGGUAACCCAUCCUGCAUGUACACCAGUGACGUCAAGGCCAUAUGGAAGUACAGUUUCGACUGCAGCGCCAACCUGGCGAGAGGCAUGGUGACCCUGUCUGUGACCCCGCCAGCUGACGCUCCUGUGGGGAAGUACUCGCUGUCUGCAAAUACUGGGAGGGGAAAGACUCCUUUGGGAACCUUGGUGGUGCUCUUUAACCCCUGGUGCUCGGAUGACUGGGUGUUUCUUCCUGACGAGAGGGAGAGACAAGAAUAUGUGCUGAACGAACAGGGAACAAUUUACGUAGGAACAGAAUAUUAUCCCAGACCUAGGGACUGGAUCUUUGGACAGUUUGAAGAGGACAUGGUGGACAUUUGUCUCAAGAUUCUGGAUGUCAACCCAAAACACACAAAAGACCCAGCUGAUGACGUCUCUGCUCGCUGUAACCCCAUCUAUGUUAGCCGUGUGAUCAGUGCCAUGAUCAACAGUAAUGGUGACCAUGGUGUGUUAACGGGAAGAUGGGAUGGAAUAUACAACGAUGGAGAAAGGCCUGACUCCUGGCUUGGCAGCGUCCGUAUCCUUCGGAAGUGGUAUAAAACAAGCUGCCGCCCCGUCAAGUACGGACAGUGCUGGGUGUUUGCUGGUGUCAUGUGUACAGUGAUGCGGUUCUUUGGAAUCCCAUGUCGUGUGGUCACAAACUUCCAGUCAGCUCAUGACACACACAACAACCUCACUAUUGAUUAUUAUCAUGGCGAAAAUGGAGCACAGCCCAGGGACAGUGGAGACUCUGUCUGGAACUACCAUGUGUGGGUGGAAGGGUGGAUGAAACGACCAGACCUCAAGAAAGGUAACAGCUAUGACGGUUGGCAGGUCUUGGAUCCAACACCACAAGAAAAGAGCGAAGGAGUGUUCUGCUGUGGUCCAGCCCCAGUUGCUGCCAUACUCCAGGGCGACACUAACCUGAAGUAUGAUGUGCCAUUUGUCUUUGCUGAGGUCAAUGCUGACAUUGUUAAGUGGAUGGUUCGUGCUAAUGGCUCAAAGAUCAAAAUGAACUCUGACAGCAAAAAAGUGGGUAAGAGCAUUUCCACUAAAGCUGUUGGCUACAACAGGAGAACUGAUCUCACCAACAACUACAAACACGCUGAGGGCAGUGCAAAGGAAAGGGAAGUCUUCAAACGUGCAGUCACCAGACUGAACUCAAAAGAUGAUCAAGCGGGUGAUGGAGGAGAGGAACCGCUGAAGGUGGAGAUGAAAAUUGAAAAGGAGACCAAGAUAAAGAGUGGUCAGGACAUUCAUUUGAAGCUGAAGUUGUGCAACAGAGAUCGCACCAACCGGACAAUGUCCAUCUACAUCAAUGCCCAGGGCAUGAGGUACACUGGUGUACCAGUAAGCCACAUCUUGAACACUGUGCAAGAGAAGAUGCUGUUGUCUGGACAAGAGGUGAUCGUACCUAUCCAGAUCCCAUUGCAGACCUACAAUAACCACAUGGUGAACUGUGACAGUGUGAAGGUUUCGGCCGUGGCCAUCGACAAACAGAACCAAAAUGACAUCUACGAAUCUGAAAUUGACAUCUCCAUGGAAUACCCUUCCCUCUCCAUGAAGGUUUUGGGUGAGGCCCGUGUGGACCGCAAAAUGACCAUGGAGGUCGAAUUUACAAACACACUAAAUGCUACACUGAGAAACUGCUCUCUGACUGUCACUGGAAGUGGCAUGUACAAAUUUGACAGUGUGGAGAGUAACAUCAGGCAGUUGGAGCCAAAUGCUACAUGGAAGCUUCUUAUCACUACGAUCCCCCGGAGGAGUGGAACAAGGGUUGUGGUGGCUGAUUUCGACUGUAGCGCCUUCAGAGACAUGCUGAGCAGCUGCAUCGUCGACGUCAAACCCUGAAGCUCUGCCUACAUAUUUGACAUCCUGUGUGAAUUGUGUUGGUGUGUUUGCUGUUUCUGACUAAGGUGAAACAGGAUAGUCAUUAUACUACUUAUUACUUACUUAUUAUUAUUCAUGUUGUGGGGUUUUUUUUGGCAUAGAGUUUGUGGUCUCCUUAUAAAGGCCUUACAAAUGUGUUGAAUGCAUUUUGUUCUAUCUCAAUCGAUCAGUUGGAACAAUUUUCAUAAUCAGUGAAAAAUAUGUAUCAUUUAAGAAUCUAAAAUGUCAAUGUCUUGUUCCUCCUGCUUUUCUUUGUUAGUGUAUUGAAUAUUAGUGGGUCAGCUGGUAUCUUUGGGCUUCUGGGAAUGUUGUAUUCCACAUUUCUCUCCAUUUUCUGAUGUAUUAUAGACAAACAGGGACGUGGUAUCUAGCUAAACAAAAUUUGAAAACUGUGGUUGGGUUUGCAGAGGUUUAAAU